AUGGCCCAAGACUUACUGUAUGACGAAAAGAACUUGGAAAACUCGAAGGAGUCUUCUAUCAGCUCGAAGUUAGAAUCUGCAAACACGGAAGAUGAUGUCGCUUUUGAAAGAAAAACUAUGCGCUAUGUUGACUGGCGGAUUCUUCCUGUCCUUGCAUUGGUCUAUUCAUUUGCUUUGAUUGACCGAAUUAAUAUGGGUGCUGCCCAAACUGCCGGAAUGGGUGUUGAUCUGAAACUGUUGGUCCACAACAGGUUCAGCAUUGUUAAUUGCCUGUAUUUUGUCCCAUAUACCAUAUUACAACUUCCAGGAAAUCUUGUGCUUCGGUAUUUUGGAGUCCGUAAUUGGUUAACAUUCAUUGUUCUGGCAUGGGGUGCAGUCCAACUUGGUAUGGGAUUUGUCCACUCAUGGGGCUACUUAGUAUUGUGUCGUGUGUUACUGGGCAUAUUUGAGGCAUCAUUUUUCCCAUCGCUUCUGUUCAUCAUAUCUACCUGGUAUACACGCCAUGAAGUUCACGUCAGACUUUCUAUCUUUUAUCUCCUUUCCGUCACAGCAGGUGGCCUCAGCCCCAUCCUUGCAUAUGUUUUCAGUCUGCUAAAAGGGAGAGGAGGACUUGCAGGCUGGAGAUACAUUUUUAUCAUUGAAGGAGCAAUUACCAUGUUUUUGGCUAUAAUCACUUGGCUAUUCAUCCCUGCCUUCCCUGACCAAAAUACUUUCUUGACCGAAAAACAAACGGCCGUUGUGCUUAGGCGUAUCGACGAAGAUCGUGGAGACGCCAUUCCAGACCCGAUUACAUUCCAGAAGGUUAGGAAGCACCUUUCUGAUUGGACUUUGUGGGCAUAUGGCACAAUGUUCCUGUGCGCAGCUAUGCCUUCAUAUGCACAGUCUUAUUUCCUGCCUUCGAUUCUAAAAGGUAUGGGAUGGUCACAAACAAAAGCUUUGCUUUUGAGUGCCCCACCGUAUGGGCCAUCCAUUAUUUCGACGAUGAUCGUUGCAUAUUACUCAGACAAACAGAAGCACCGUUGUGGAUAUAUAGUAUUGGGAACGAUGGUGUGUCUCACAGGGCUGUGUUUAACUGCUUUUGCCAAACAUAAUGGCGUAAGAUACUUUGGCACUUAUUUGAUUAACGCUGGAAAUUCGGCCGCUAUCCCGACCAUCCUUGCCUAUGCCUCAAAUAAUGUCGUUUCACACUCGAAAAGAUCUGUUCAAUCAGCGAUGACGGUUUCCCUUGGAGGAAUUGGAGGAAUAAUGGCAACCACUGUCUUCAGGACACAGGACGCUCCUCAUUACUACCCAGGCCUUGGUGCGUCAAUAGGAUCUCAGGCAUUACUGUUGACCCUUCUAGCCGCAACAACUCUGCGGUUCUUGUAUCUUAACAAAGCUACGCGGGAAGGAAAACGAAAAGAACCGUUAGAAGGCCAGCCAGGCUUUUACUAUACUUUGUGA